AUGGGCCGGAAAGCGUCCGCGAGGGCGAUGGGGGAGAUUGUCGAUCCGGGGCUGUUGAUGAACGAGACCGAGAAGCAGGAGCUGCCCACCGCGUUGACACUCUUCACAGGUUCUGCUUGGACGGUGUUGUCACGGCCGUUCGUCGAGUACUUGAUCCGGGGGAGGAACAACCUCCCGCGCACCCUGCUCGUCUCACACGCCAACUUCGUCUCCUCCCCAGAGGACUACUUCCACACCGUGGCCUGCAACACCGAGGAGUUCCGGAACACCACCGUGAACCACGACAUGCACUACAUCUCCUGGGGCGACUCCCCUAGGCAUCACCCCGAAAUCAUCAACUCCAGCCACUGGGAUAGGAUGGUCGGCAGUGAUGCCCCCUUUGCGUGCAAGUUUGGCCAGGACAACCCGGUGCUUGACAGGAUCGACGCAGAGCUCCUGUCGCGGCAGCCCGGGAUGCUUGCCCCCGGCAGCUGGAGCAUCGGGGAUACUGGCGGCGAUGGCUCCUUCUGGAUCGUGAGGGACGCGUCGCCCCUGCGUCCUGGCCCUGGAGCUGCGCGGCUGCAGCGGCUCGUCACGUCGCUCCUGUCCGAGGACAACUUCCGGCCUAAACAGUGCAAGAUAGUCGAUCACAGCGCCUGA